AGCUUUAGAUGUAUGUCUCAUCCAUUAGAACACCACAAAAUUCACACAGGGGAGAAACCACACACAUGUCCUGUGUGCGCCAAAUGUGUUACACAAAUGAAUCAUCUGAAAAGUCAUGAAAGGAUUCACACAGGGGAAAAGCCGUUCACAUGUACAGAGUGUGGAAAAACUUUUACACAAAAGAGUGUUCUGAAAAAGCAUGAAAGGAUUCACACAGGGGAAAAGCCUUUCACAUGUACAGAGUGUGGGAAAUGUUUUACAGAUAAGAGUCAUCUGAAAAAUCAUGAAAGGAUUCACACUGGAGAAAAGCCUUUCACAUGUACAGAGUGUGGAAAAAGUUAUACACGAAUGGCUCAUCUGAAAACUCAUAAAAAGAUUCACAUUGGAGAAAAGCCGUUCACAGUGUACAGAGUGUGAAAAAGUUUUACAGAAAAGAGUGAACUGAAAAGGCAUGAAAGGAUUCACACCGUGGAAAAGUCUUUCACAUGUACAGAGUGUGGAAAAAGUUAUAAACGAAUGGCUCAUCUGAAAACUCAUAAAAAGAUUCACACUGGAGUAAAGCCUUUCACAUGUACAGAGUGUGGAAAAAGUUUUACAGAAAAGAGUGAACUGAAAAGGCAUGAAAGGAUUCACACUGGAGUAAAGCCUUUCACAUGUACAGAGUGUGGAAAAAGUUUUACACAAUCGAGUGACCUGAAAAGGCAUGAAAGGAUUCACACCGGAGAAAAGCCUUUCACAUGUACAGAGUGUGGAAAAAGUUUUACACAAAAGAGUGAACUGAAAAGGCAUGAAAGGAUUCACACCGGAGAAAAGCCUUUCACAUGUACAGAGUGUGGAAAAGGUUUUAUAACAAAUCGUAACCUGAAAUAUCAUGAAAGGAUUCACACAGGAGAAAAGCCUUUCACAUGUACAGAGUGUGGAAAAGGUUUUAUAACAAAUUGUAACCUGAAAUAUCAUGAAAGGUUUCACACAGGGGAAAAGCCGUUCACAUGUACAGAGUGUGGAAAAAGUUUUUCACAUAAGAGUAGUCUGAAAUAUCAUGAAAGGAGUCACAAGGGAAGAAACGAGUUACAUAGAUUCUUUAGAUCUAUCAAACUAAAAGUAUUCUUUGAUAAAAAUGCUGAUAUUGGUAACACUGCUGUUUACACUGAAGAUAAAGGCAUAUUAACUUGUAAGUCGGUUGGUUUGAAAAAAAUCAGCAGUUUUAACCCCAGUGUUACAGACAACAGUGCUAACACCUUUUUUGAGUUGGUUCUUAGUGAAGUGGAAAAACUAUUUCUGAAACCAGAUUACAUCUUCAAUAAAAAUAAAGCUAAAUUUGAUGCUGAUUCAGCUUCACUAAGAGCAAUUCGUGAAAAGAAGGGGUUAACAAUCAAGGGUGCUGAUAAGGGCGGUGCCCUAGUUUUGAUGAAACAGGAGAAUUAUGUAGAUGAGAUUAUGCAACAAUUAAAUGAUGGUUCAGUAUAUGUUGAAAUUGGUUUUGAUCUGACAUACAAAAUACAAGGUGAAAUUCUUAAUAUUCUAUCUAAUGCGCUGGAACAAUUUGAUUUCUUUGAACUUAAGAAUAACAAAGAUAUAACAAUUAAGAACGCUGAUAAGGGUGGUAAUUUGGUUAUCAUGUCUAAUACCCAAUACAGGAAAAUGUGUCUUGAUAUUCUAACUAAUACAGAAAAUUACCAAAUCUUGCCCAAUGAUCCAACAGUAAUCUACAUGAAAGAACUUAAAUCUAUACUAGAUCAAGGGUUUGGUGAAAGAAUCAUUACAAAAGCUGAAUACCAAUAUAUGUAUGAUCUAAAGCCCAGAGUAGCAACUUUCUAUAGCCUGCCAAAGGUUCAUAAAGAUCAAUCGACACCCCCAGGAAGACCAUUUGUGUCUGGAAAUGGAUGCUUGACAGAGAAAGUCAGCAUCUUUGUAGAUAAGAAACUGAGAGAAUAUGUACAUACAUUGACAUCAUACGUCCAAGAUACUAAGGACGUUCUUAAAUGUUUGGAAAAUAUCCAUGUAAAUGAGAACACACUAUUAGCUAGUAUUGAUGUGGAGAGUUUAUACUCAAACAUUUCACAUUCUCUGGGUAAACAAGCCAUUCAAUUCUUUCUAAAAAUGACCAAUCCAAAGGGGUGCAUAGCUGAUGAUUUUGUGAUUGAUCUCUUAGAUUUUGUGUUGCAACACAACUACUUUCUUUUCGACAAUAAAGUGUACUUGCAGAAAAAGGGCACAGCAAUGGGCACAUGCUGUGCCCCAACAUAUGCAAACUUGUUCUUGGGAUGGAUUGAACACACAUACAUCCUAAAUGAAGAAAUUAAUCCAUUUAUGAAGUAUAUGGACUUAUUCAUUCGCUAUAUCGAUGAUGUCCUAAUACUAUGGACAGGCUCAAAAGAUGAUUUUACUAAUUUUAUGUUCUGGUUGAACAACAACUCUCAUGGUAUGCAUUACACCUCAACAAUUGAAGAAACAAGUAUCUCAUUUCUGGAUUUAGAGAUCAAAAAAGAGCUUGAUGGAUCCCUCAGUACUAAGUUAUUUAGAAAAAAGACAUCAACUAAUAAUCUCCUAAAUUGGAAGAGCUACCAUCCGAAGAGUCAAAGGAUGGGUAUUCCAUUUGGCCAAUACUUAAGGGCUAGGCGCAACUGUAGUUCAUUAGAGGAUUUUGAACUGGAAGCCAAAGAACUUAGAAAAAGGUUCAAAGAAAGGGGGUACCCCAAUAGAUGCCUUAAAAAAGCAUAUCAACAGGCGAAGAUGUUAGAGAGACCUCCAUUGUUACAAGAGAAAGGUGACACAGAUAAAAAUACUGCUAGUCAGCAAAUUAGAAUUAUAGGCACUUUUGAUGAGAAACAUAGUAGCAUCCAACGCAUUUUUCAAAAACACUGGCACGUACUACAAGAGGACCCUGCGUGUAAAAACAUGUCUCCAAUGAAGAAUUUUGUACACCCACAGACAGGGAAAAACUACCCAAUUAAAGAGUUCAUGAAUUGUAGAACUAAAAGACAUGUGAAUAGUUCAUAUCCAUCCUUCACUACAGGAAAGAUCAGAAUGAUACCGCAAACUCCAAUAGUCUUAGACACCAAUGACUAUUCACAAACAUUGGGGAAAUCACAGCAGAUAUUUAAAGAAGAUGGUGAAAUGGAAGGAACUGGGCAGCAAUCAUUAUGUACAGAGAAUUUAGUCAUCAAACAAGAGGACAACAUUUAUGCCUUAUCUAGUGAAAUGAUUAUCCCCGAGGAUAAACCACACACAUUUACUGAGUACUCAAAACAUAUUAAAGAAGGUACAAGUCUACAGUCUAGCCCAAUGAUUCAUAAAAAGGAGAAACCUUUCAAAUCUACAGAAUGUGAGAAAAGCUUUAGAUGGAAGUCUCAUCUACUAGAACACCACAAAAUUCGCACAGGUGAGAAACCACACACAUGUACUGAGUGUGACAAAAGUUAUACACGAAUGGAUCAUCUGAAAACUCAUAAAAAGAUUCACACAGGAGAAAAGCCUUUCACAUGUACUGACUGCGGCAAAUGUUUUGGACGAAUGGAUCAUCUUAAAACUCAUAAAAAGAUUCACACAGAAGAAAAGCCUUUCACAUGUACUGAGUGUGGAGAACAUUUUACACAAAAGAGUGAUCUGAAAAGGCAUGAAAGGAUUCACACAGGGGAAAAGCCUUUCACAUGUACAAAGUGUGGAAAACGUUUUACACAAAAGAGUGAUCUGAAAAGGCAUGAAAGAAUUCACACAGGAGAAAAGCCUUUCACAUGUACAGAGUGUGGAAAAUGUUUUGCACAAAAGAGUGAUCUGAAAAGUCAUGAAAGGUUUCAUACAGGGGAAAAGCCUUUCAUAUGUACAGAGUGUGGAAAAAGUUUUAAACAAAAGAGUAAUCUGAAAAGUCAUGAAUGGAUUCACACAGGAGAAAAAUCUUUAACAUGUACAGAGUGUGGAAAAUGUUUUACACGAAUGAGUACUCUGAAAUAUCAUGAAAGGAGUCACACAGGAGAAAAGCUGUUCAUGUGUACAGAGUGUGGAAAAAGUUUUCCACAAAAGAGUAAUCUGAAAAUUCAUGAAAGAAUUCACACAGGAGAAAAGCCGUUCACAUGUAAAGAGUGUGGAAAAAGUUUUACACACAAGAGUGAUCUGAAAAGUCAUGAAAGGAUUCACACAGGGGAAAAUCCUUUCAUAUGUACAGAGUGUGGAAGAUGUUUUACACGAAUAGAUAAUCUGAAAAGUCAUGAAAGGAUUCACACAGGAGAAAAACCUUUCACAUGUACAGAGUGUGGAAAAAGUUUUAGAAAAAUGAAUAGUCUGAAAUCUCAUGAAAGGAUACACACAGGAGAAAAACCUUUCACAUGUACAGAGUGUGGAAAAAGUUUUAGAAAAGUGAAUAGUCUGAAAUCUCAUGAAAGGAUACACACAGGAGAAAAACCUUUUACAUGUACAGAGUGUGGAAAAUGUUUUACACGGAAGAGUAGUCUGAAAAGUCAUGAAAGGAUUCACAAGGGAAGAAACUAACAUGUUUGGAAAGUGGAAAAAAAAGGUUUUUUAUUGAAAUCAGGUAUCACAAAACACCAAAUAUUUACAUACAAAUAAACUUUAUAUAUACAGUGUACAAACCUUUUUUACAAUUAUCCUAAAGAGGAGAAACUCUCUAAAUAGAAGCAUCAAAAUAUGUUAUUGUAAAUAAUACUUUCUAAUCCCAGUUAUAAAAGCCCCAGAUUGGAAGUGCUCUCCUGCUGUCCUUUGUUCCUAUAUAUAUAUAUAUAUAUAUAUAUAUGCGCAUCUCAGUUUUGUCUCAUAUCAAUGAGAUAGAAUUCAAACACCACACAGGAAUAUACAACUCUGUCCUCAUACUGACCAGUUUACAUAACCAUUCACCAUCAAAGCACCUCAGUGUUGUUUAUUAAUUUGCCAGUGUUAGGAGUUGUACGUUUGACCCUUACUCAUGCCGUGACCCUGAAAUUUCGCUGAUGUUUCUCACUAAUAAAUUGACAUAAGAUAUUUUGGAGUGCUGUGGACUUCCUUUUAUCCUGUUGAUGUUUUGGGGAUUCAGCAGUGUCUUCUGUCUACAUGUGCACCCCUCUAAGGAAGCGGUCUUGUAAAACACGCAUAAGGGUUUACCAGGAGAAGCUCUGUCUCUCCCUCUUUUUAAUUGCCCUAAACCGGAUGAUUUAAUCCACACAAAAUUAUUAUAUUAUUGACUCUCAGCAGUGCAGAUUUGUAGCAUAAUAUUAAAUAGCUCCCGGAUUGAAGGGGCUUAGCUGAUAGUUUUCUCUGCUGCUGUAGUGCAAUCAUUUAUUUGUGAUAAUCGUAUAUAUUGAAAUAAAAUGGAGUGUGCAAAGCGCCUAAAGGUCAAGGUUAAGAAUGAAUUAGGAGCUCAGCGGCAGGUAAGGAUGAAUACAGGGGUAUUAAUGUAGUGACUUGAAAUUAGAGGAUGUUUAUUCAAUCAAUGGCAUGUGAAUAAUAAAUGUAAUAAAAUCUGCGAAUACAAUAAAAACAAUAUUGGCGGUGUAUUAAAAUGAUAUUCUAAACAAAUGUUGCACAAUAAAAACAAUGGUCACAAUAAAAUAUAAGUCAUGGAUCUA